AUUCAAUGCUCUGAGUAGGCAGCACAUAAAAGCCAGAAAAAAAAACAGGAAAGGGAAAUGCCACUCGUACAGUAAACAUUCAGCUCUCUGAUCCUCCUGCAACUCAGACGUGGCGCAUAUCUACUCCACAGAGGCGGAAGGAGGAGGACUAACCCAGUAAACAGUAACCAGUACUCAGUGCAAAGGACCAAGGACCAAGGAUGUCGAGUCGCCUUACCCAGCAACACGCGGCGUAUGCGCAACGUGUGGAGCAGGAGAACAACCGGGUGCAGGCCACACAGGCGGUGAACAGCUACUACAGCCACUGGGGCAAGGUGACCUCGCGCUUCGAUAACUGGACCAACGAGAAGUACUACGAGAAGGCUGGCCAGCAGAUCCAAUCCCGUCGAGAAAAAGAGGAGAAGGAGGCGGCGCUAAAUGAUCGAAGGAAUAGACUUCGCCAGCUUCUGACCACCGAAUCGGAGGCCUAUGACAAUGAGCUGGAGCGAAGACGUCGUCCGCGGGAACCUGGCGGUGGUGACCUCCAAAUGCUGGGACGUGUCAAUCAAUCUCUUAAGGAGCAGGAGCAACUGCGUCGCAAACUGGAAAUGGAGGCCAAGCUGUACGGUCGCUGGCGACAUGGCGUCGAUGAUGAGAAGCUGCUCUAUCAAUCCAAGUCGGACAACGAAGUGCUGGCCAAACUGAAUUGGUUGGAUCGCCAGAUCGAAAAUCAGCAGCAGAAGGAGGAGCAACAGGCUCUGGCUGCCGAAAGGCAACUUCUGUUGCAGCAGGAGAUCAGUCGCACGGAACAGGCUCAAAAGGAACGUCAGCAAAUCAGGGAGCAGCAGUUAAGGGAACUUCGUGCCCUCCAGGAAUCCCACAUGUCGGAACUCCGAUUGCGGCAGCAAGAAGCUGAAAAACUGAAGGAGGAGGAGCAGCACUUCCAGCUUUUCCUGGGUGAACUCGACAAGGAGCGGGAGCUUCUCGAGGAGAGCAGUGCUCUCGUGCUCAAGCGUGUGGAUUCAGGACACGCCUUCAACCUCAAGAAGAUUAAGGUUUUCAUUCGACAGCGCAGUGAGGCCAGUCGCAAACAGAUUUCUCUGUGCAUCAAUAUGCUGCAGCGAAUGGCAAAGUACGUGGUUAAAACGGAGGAGCUGCAGGCUCUUCUGGAGAAGUACCGCACCCAGUUGGAGCACGAGGAACUGGCCUGUGCUCAGAUCGAAACCAUGUACGAAUCGGAGGCCAAGUACAAUCUGCAACGCUGCGAGGAAAACUGGCGGGAACAACACCUGCAGCGCUAUAAUGAGCUGAGCAAGUUCAUCGAUCAGGAGAAGGAUUGCCUGGGCCUAAUGCUCCAGGAGAAUGUCAGCCAGCAGCAGACCUUGGUGGAGUUGAGGAGCCAGCACUUGACGGGAAUCGAGCAGGCCAACAAGCAACUGGAGCAACUCAGCCAGGAGGAAGUGGAAGUCGCAUCUCAACCUACCACAAAUCUCAAGGCAGUGGAGUCAAAAUCUUCUGUUUCUGAGAGUUCGGUAGAGGAGAACCUUGUGCCCAAGGUGAGCGACUCCUUUUCGAAUCUCAACCUGGAUGUGUGGCAGGAUUUGCCACCGGCGCGCGGAGAAGAUGACCUGCAGCGCCUCAACAAAUCUCGCUCUUUAAAUGUGGUCACCUCGCAGACAGCGGUUCCUCCGAAGUUCGCUAGAAAACGUGUUGCCUGGACCUAACAUUACUCAACAACCAUAUAUCAUCGUCGUUCCAACUUAAAUUUGAAUGGUAUUAUUAGACAUAUUGCUAGUUUAAUCGAUGUUUAACUCUUUGUGUGACCCCCUCAUACUCGUACACUCCACACGCAACACACUCCGUGAAACACCCACCCAAUGCCACUCCAACCAAAUGCUUACCACUCCACUCUAACGAACACCACUCUGUGCACUUGUAGUUGAUAAGGCUGAUAGAUAGGCGCUCCCCCCGAGGUGGGGCAAUAAAUCACUCAAUUUGUGGGCCAGCAGGAA